AUGGAUUGGUUACACUUUUACAUCGCAGGAGCCGCACUCCUGGUCUUCGCCUUGGUGGGCGUGGUCCUUCUUGUCUCCUUUCAACAGGUCAAGGUCGAUAUGGAUCAGGGCCCCUUGACCUAUCUCAAAUUCAUUUACGCCAAUUUCCUCAAGCCUCAUGAUAAAUCCGUUUUGCACCAGCAGGAUGCUUUGGAGAGCUUUUACCGUACACAGGCCACCGUCUACGAUGCCACACGUCGCCGUCUCCUUCGGGGCCGUGAAGAUAUGCUGGGAUUGGUAGCAGCGCAGUUGAAGUAUAAGAUCGAGAGCAAGGAGAUCAAGUCUGGAAAGGCUGUGUGGGUGGAUAUUGGUGGUGGUACUGGAUACAACAUCGAAGCGAUGUCGGCUUUUGUCCCUGUUGAUCGGUUUUUCGAACAUGUCUAUCUCGUGGAUCUGUCACCAUCUCUUUGCGAAGUUGCUCGUAAGCGCUUUGAGCGUCUGGGAUGGAAAAAUGUUACCGUUCUGUGCCAGGAUGCCCGGUCCUUCCAGCUACCCGAGCGAACAAUCGACCCCCGAGCGGCGAAUGCUGUUAUAAGCGAUUGCGCAGACCUGAUUACCAUGAGCUACAGCUUAUCUAUGAUCCCAGAUUAUUACAGUGUGGUGGACUCAUUGACCUCUCGUCUCACUCCCUACGGUGUGUUGGGAGUUUGUGACUUCUAUGUUCAAAAUAUUGUGGAUGUCUCUUCUCGCAACUACACUGGUGGUGCCUUCAACCGUCAUGUUAACUGGCUUGGCCGUGUCUUCUGGCGAACAUGGUUUGACUUUGACCGUGUCAACUUGGAGGCCGCUCGUCGAGACUACUUGGAAUACAAGUUUGGAACCGUUGUAUCAGCCAGUGAUCGCAACUACCUCUUGGGCGGUAUUCCUUACUACAUUUUUGUCGGUUGCCCUAAGGAGAUCGCUUCAACCCCCAGCCAAGAUACCAUUGAGAGACUCGAUGCCUCUUUCACCGAGUCUCCUUAUCUGUCUCCUGCCAAUCACCAGCUAGAGCGGGAGCAAGCUGCCGAGCAAAGCGCUCGUGAAGUCCGCUCAAAGGCCUACGAGUCCGCGAUUGUGAACCUGAGUGCCAACCUUCCUCUCCCGUCCUCUUUCUACCAAAACCACCACUACCGAAUCCACUACAACGACAUGCUGCCAAAGCACACCCAGUUCCAAAAUGAAUAUAUUUAUGCUUUCACCUGGGAGGAUCCUCGAGUGGACCACCGACUUCUCAAUAUCGGCCCCGACGAUGUCAUCCUGGCGAUUACCAGCGCUGGUGAUAAUAUCCUAGACUAUCUCCAGAAGAACCCACGACGAGUGCACGCAGUCGACCUGAACCCUAACCAAAACCAUCUCCUCGAGUUGAAGGUUGCCAGCUAUAUGGCCCUGGGUCACCGCGAUAUGUGGAAGAUCUUCGGCGAGGGAAAACACCCACAGUUCCGUGAGCUGCUCAUUUCUAAGAUGAGUCCCCAUCUGUCCAGCCAGGCAUUCCAAUACUGGCUCGAGCACACCCACGUAUUCACCUCCAAAUCUGGCCAUGGUCUAUACGAGACCGGUGGCUCGCGCCAUGCCAUCCGCAUGGUUCGCUACUUGGCUAAAUGCUUUGGACUUGAAAACGACGUGCGCAAGAUGUGUGAAGUCCAGACACUCGCUGAGCAGCGAGAAAUUUGGCCUAAGAUUCGCAAGGUCCUCCUUAGCAAGCCAUUGAACUGGGCUAUCGUGAGUACCGAGUGGUUCGCCUGGAAGGCUGCCGGUGUGCCCCGUAACCAGCGAAACAUGAUUGUCGACGACUUCUUCCGCCGCAAUGGAUUGAACUCCGAUAUGAAGCAGAGCAAGGAUGUCAGUGGCCAGUCGAUCUGGGAAUACGUUGUGGAUACGCUCGAUCCCGUUGUGAAGGACACUCUUCUCAGCAACGACAACUACUUCUACUACCUCUGUCUGCAGGGCAAGUUCUCUCGCCGAUGCCACCCCACUUACCUCUCACCGCAAGCGCAUGUGAAGCUUUCCACUCCCGGUGCAUUCGAUGGCCUUCGCAUUCACACCGAUGAGAUUAACGAAGUUAUCAACCGCAUCACUCCUGGAACAUUAACAAUUGCCGUGGUUAUGGACUCCAUGGACUGGUUCGAUCCUACCGAAGAUGCAGCAGCUGCCCAAGCCCGUCGUCUGAACCAUGCUCUGAAGAAGGGCGGCCGCAUCCUUCUCCGCUCCGCCAGUAUCGAUCCCUGGUAUAUCAAGCACUUUGAAGAGAACGGAUUUACAGCCCGCCGUGUCGGUGCCCGUUUCCCAGGAACAUCUAUUGACCGUGUCAACAUGUAUGCAUCGACCUGGAUCUGUACUAAGGAGAAAGACGUUUCUCGACCUAAGAGUGACCGCACUAUCUCCGUUCUGUCACUUGGCGACAGCGCUGUUGGAACGACAGAGCGAUCCAACAGUGUUGAAGACCUGCAAAUUUAA